GAACCAGACCUGCCGCGCCGGAGCGGGCGCCUCUAGGCCACCAGAUGUUCGCCAUCCAACCAGGCCUGGCUGAGGGGGGCCAGUUCGUGUCGGACCCUCCUAGAGUAUGCCAACCUGAGCUCCAGCCAGACAGCAACUCCAACUUCAUGGCAAGUGCCAAGGAUGCCAAUGAGAAUUGGCAUGGGAUACCAGGCAAAGUGGAACCUAUCCUGACGAGGAGUUCCUCUGAGUCCUCCUCUGACAAUCAGGACUUCCAGGCCCCCGGACUUCCAGAGGGAGGGGUCCGCAGUCCCCCUGAGGGGGCAGAGAUUCCUGGAGCUGAACCUGAGAAGAUGGGUGGUGCUGGCACUGUGUGCUCCCCUCUGGAGGACAACGGCUAUGCCAGCAGCUCCCUGAGCAUCAACAGCCCUAGCAGCAGUCCUGAACCUGCCUGUGGGACCCCUCGAGGCCCUGGCCCUCCUGAUCCCCUUCUGCCCUCGGUGGCUCAGGCUGUCCAGCAGCUGCAGGCUCAGGAGCGCUACAAAGAGCGAGAGAAAGAGAAGCACCACGUGCACUUGGUGAUGUACCGUCGCCUGGCACUGCUCCAGUGGAUCCGGGGCCUGCAAAACCAGUUGGUUGAUCAGCAGGCUCGGCUGCAAGAGAGCUUCGACACUAUCCUAGACAACAGAAAGGAGCUAAUCCGCUGUCUCCAGCAGAGGGCAGCAGCAUCCAGGCCCCAGGACCAGGGCUAAGUGUGUGCCUCCACAAGUGUACAAAGGAAUAUGCAUAUAUUUGCAGGUGUGUGUGAUUGUACAUGAUUGUUGGCUGGCACGAGUGCAGGUAAGCAUGAGAGUGUGUGUGUGCUUACAUGUAGACAGAUAAUGUGUAGACAUGUGAAUAUGCGUGUGGAAAUGAGCUUAAGUUUGCUGUGUGUGCACAUGUGUACACACAAGCUAACUCGUAUGAAAACCUAUGUGUGAGUAUGUAAGAGUGAUCAUAU